CUUUCGCUUCACUUUGUCUCACUUUCUCUAGAAUCUCUAGAAAAAAGAAUUGCUCUACCCUUUAUUUAAUGAUAGUCAGAGACUAUUAAAUAAAAAAGAAAAUACUUACUACUAAUUGGAUUAGAACCUAAUUAAAAUAGGAUGAUUAAUAUAUAUUAAAAUAGGAUGAUUAAUAUAUACAUCCUAAUGAGGAGUAAUACUAAAAAAAAGAACUCUAUUUCAGAAUUAUGAAACAGAAUAUCCUGUUUUAUUAUUUACUCUUUCUUUUUUUUUUUCUUUCGAUUUUUUCUAUUUUAUUUAAAGUGGAUCGAUUUAGAUAAUGUAUAUGAUAGUAAUAUACUUCAAAUAAAAUAGGAAUUCGCAAAAUGGAGAAAAUCGUUGCAGUCAUUAUAGGAAAGUAUGGGAAGACUUAGAGCAUAUCCUAUUUAAAGGAGGAUGAAAUUCAAAUCAGGUAAGGGAUCCUUCCUUCUAUUGAUUUGAUCAAAAUUCUUUUUUCUUUUCCUGUCUCUCUGAUUUGCGUUUCGAUGAAUGAGCCUAUGGUAAUGCUUUUAUCUCUAUUCUAUGGCGCAAUCGACCGUCGAGUCUAUAAACAAGUACUAAAUAAGGAAAAGAAAACUAUACUAAAGGAAACAUAAGAUAUCCAUCCUAAAAUGGAAAAAAGACGUAUAUAUUAGGGCUAUACGGAUUCGAACCGUAGACCUUCUCGGUAAAACAGAUCAAACAGAUUAUUAUCGAAAUGAUUCGAACUGUUUCAAAGACCCAACAUGCAUUUUUCUGCAUUGGGCUCUUUCAUCAACUAAUGUAAAGAUCAGUUAAUUCGCCAUAGUUUUUCUUUAGGGAAAGAUAAUAAGAUGGCUCCCUGUGCUCUGAUUGAUUAUUUGUCUUAUGAUCUAUCUAGGAACAAUACCAAAGUGUUUCAAAGGAGGAUUACCUUGACUUAGGUCUGCCUCCGGCCUAAAUUAAAUCAACCUAAGUGAAAUGGAGUCUCUAUCGUUCCGCUGCAAGAGUUUACUAUGAGACUUCAUACACCUUAAAGUUCAUAGAACGAAAAGAAGUUUUUUGGAGGCCCUUAUCCUCAUUACGCCUAGCAUUGAGUGGGCUGGAUAUUUACCUUAUCAACUAGCAAAUCAAUAGGAGUUCUAUUUGAGUAAGCACCUUAAUUGGCACCUGAAUCGGACUGAACCAGCUGUUUGUCAUUGUCAGGCUACUGUUCUUCUAUUCUUUCGAAUCCAUGAAGUAAGACAUUGAUUUUGCAACAAGGUCAAUUAUGUUCAUUGCAUAAAAAGUUCCCUUGAAAAGCAUUGGCGCACGUGUAAACGAGUUGCUCUACCGAACUGAGCUAUAGCCCUUGUCAGAGAUAUCUUAACAUAUAGAUAAUUUCUUGUCAAGAUGAAUAUUCUCUAAUGCCAGAGGAUAUCCCUUUGAUCCGUUUACUAUAUAACAUAAACAUACCAAUAACGGAGCGGUAUUGCUUAUAAAAAGGAUUCAAUCUAUAAUCGAUCGAAGUAAUGGGGCUUCUUUUGUGGUGAUAAAUUGCCUACUUAACUCAGUGGUUAGAGUAUUGCUUUCAUACGGCGGGAGUCAUUGGUUCAAAUCCAAUAGUAGGUAGGUAGGUAGAAAAAUUACUAGAUAGCAUUGGACUUACUUCGCUUCGCUAUCUAAUAACUUUUUCUACCCUUCUUUCCUUUUUCUUUGUAUCAACGAAAUCUUUGGAUUGUCUUCAAUUGGAUGGGGGAAUCCAAUUGACAGCCUCGACUCGUAUCCUAGCUCGUCUGAGAGCUAGCUUCGCUUCAACCAAUUCUUUCGUACCUUCAGCUUUACUCAAGUUAGCUUCGGCUAUUUCAAGUGCCUGUUGAGCUUCUUCUGGAUCAAUGUCACUACCCAGUUCUGCAUCAUUUCCUAAAAUGAUGAUCUCAUUAUUAACUAUUCUUGCAAAACCACUCCACAGAACCGCCGUUAACCAUUGGUCGUUCAGGAGGCGUAUUCUCAAAGGACCCAUAUCUACAGCUGUGUUAAUGGGGGCGUGGUUUGGUAAUACACCAAUUUGGCCACUAUUAGUAGAUAAAAUGAUUUCUUUCACUUCACAAUCCCAAAUAAUUCGUUUAGGAGUCAGUACAUAAAGAUUUAAUUUCAUUUCUUCAAUUUGCUCUCCUCUUCUAAGUUUAUAGCUUUCGUGCUAGCUUCAUCGAUGUUCCCCACUAAAUAAAAAGCCUGUUCGGGUAGGCCGUCUAAUUCUCCGGAAAGGAUUAGUUGAAAUCCCCUAAUUGUUUCUGCAAGACCAACAUACUUUCCUGGAGAACCGGUAAAAACUUCUGCCACAAAGAACGGUUGUGAUAAGAACCGCUCGAUUUUUCGUGCUCUUGCUACAGUUAAACGAUCCUCCUCCGAUAAUUCAUCCAAUCCAAGAAUUGCGAUAAUGUCCUGAAGUUCUUUGUAACGUUGUAAAGUUUCCUUAACUCUUUGCGCAGUUUCAUAAUGUUCGUUGCCAACAAUCCGAGGCUGUAACAUAGUUGAGGUUGAAUCUAAAGGAUCCACUGCGGGAUAAAUACCCUUGGAAGCUAAUCCUCUGGAAAGUACGGUAGUAGCGUCCAAAUGUGCAAAUGUUGUGGCAGGAGCAGGGUCGGUCAAAUCGUCUGCAGGUACAUAAACUGCUUGGAUCGAAGUUAUAGAUCCCUUUUUGGUAGAAGUAAUUCUUUCUUGCAAAGAACCCAUUUCUGUACUAAGGGUAGGUUGAUAACCCACUGCGGAGGGCAUUCUGCCUAAUAAGGCGGAUACUUCCGAUCCUGCUUGAACAAAACGAAAGAUAUUAUCGAUGAAUAAAAGCACGUCUUGCUUAUUAACAUCUCGGAAAUAUUCUGCCAUAGUUAGGGCAGUUAAACCAACUCUCAUACGAGCUCCCGGCGGUUCAUUCAUUUGGCCAUAGACUAGAGCUACCUUUGAUUCCUCAAUAUUUUUUUCAUUAAUUACUCCGGAUUCCUUCAUUUCCAUAUAAAGAUCAUUUCCUUCACGAGUCCGUUCCCCUACUCCGCCAAAUACGGAUACGCCUCCAUGAGCUUUAGCAAUGUUAUUGAUUAAUUCCAUGAUGAGUACUGUUUUACCUACUCCUGCCCCCCCAAACAGUCCGAUUUUUCCUCCACGUCGAUAGGGAGCUAAAAGAUCGACCACCUUAAUACCUGUUUCAAAGAUAGAUAAUUUCGUAUCUAACUCGAUAAAGGCAGGCGCAGAUCUAUGAAUAGGAAAUGUUGCACUAGUAUCCACAGGACCCAAAUUGUCAAUAGGCUCCCCAAGAACGUUAAAAAUUCGUCCGAGAGUAGCUCCACCGACUGGAACACUGAGAGGAGUUCCCGUGUCAAUCACUUCCAUUCCUCUCAUCAACCCCUCUGUAGCACUCAUAGCCACAGCUCUAACUCGAUUAUUUCCUAAUAAUUGUUGUACCUCACAAGUCACAUUAAUUUGCUUAUCGGCAGUGUCUCGACUCUUGACUAUCAAAGCAUUAUAAAUAUAAGGCAACUUGCCCGGGGGAAAAGUGAUAUCCAGCACGGGUCCAAUAAUUUGAUCAAUACGCCCUACGCUUUUUUCUUCAAUUGUGGAAAUCCCGGGACGCGAAGUAGUAGGAUUGGUUCUCAUAAUUAUCACAUAAUUUUCAAAAAAAAAGGAAUUUGUCGAAAUUUUUUUUCUUGUUGAAUAAUGCCAAAUCAAAAAAAAUAUCCAAAAAUCCAAAAGUCAAAAGGAAAUGAAUUAGUUAAUUCAAUAAAAAAGAAAAGGGGACUCGCACUUGAUUUCGUUGCCCAAGCGAAUCCCAUUCAAUCGUUUACUUAUGGAAUGAAUCCGUUGGAAAGUUCAAUCCAUUUUUUUCAUAUAAAUUUCGCCUUUUGUGAAGGAUCUGUGCCUACUCUACUUUCCUAUCUAGGACUUCGAUAUACAAAAUAUAUACUACUGUGAAGCAUAGAUUGCUGUCAACAGAGAAUUUUCUUAGUAUUUAGGUAUUUAGAUUCAAAAUAUCAAAGGGGAAGAACUUUAAAAAUUGUAAAAUAAAGAUUAGGGUUUGGGUUGCGCUAUAUCUAUCAAAGAGUAUACAAUAAUGAUGGAUUUGGUGAAUCAAAUCCACGGUUUAAUAACGAACCGUGUUAACUUACCAUAACAACAACUCAAUUCCUAUCGAAUUCCUUCCUAUCGAAUUCCUAUAGUAAAAUUCCUAUAGGAUAGAACGUACACAGGGUGUACACAUUAUAUAUGAAUGAAACAUAUUCAUUAACUUAAGCAUACUCCUUUUUUUAUUUAAUGAGUUGAUAUUAAUUAAAUAUCUUUUUUUUUAGAUUUUUGCAAAGGUUUCAUUUACGCCUAAUCCAUAUCGAGUAGACCCUGUCGUUGUGAGAAUUCUUAAUUCAUGAGUUGUAGGGAGGGACUUAUGUCACCACAAACAGAAACUAAAGCAAGUGUUGGAUUUAAAGCUGGUGUUAAGGAUUAUAAAUUGACUUACUACACCCCGGAGUACGAAACCAAGGAUACUGAUAUCUUGGCAGCAUUCCGAGUAACUCCUCAGCUCGGGGUUCCGCCUGAAGAAGCAGGAGCUGCAGUAGCUGCGGAAUCUUCUACUGGUACAUGGACAACUGUUUGGACUGAUGGACUUACCAGUCUUGAUCGUUACAAAGGACGAUGCUAUCACAUCGAGCCCGUUCCUGGGGACCCAGAUCAAUAUAUCUGUUAUGUAGCUUAUCCAUUAGACCUAUUUGAAGAGGGUUCUGUUACUAACAUGUUUACUUCCAUUGUGGGUAACGUAUUUGGUUUCAAAGCCUUACGCGCUCUACGUUUGGAGGAUCUACGAAUUCCCCCUGCUUAUUCAAAAACUUUCCAAGGUCCGCCUCACGGUAUCCAAGUUGAAAGGGAUAAGUUGAACAAGUACGGUCGUCCUUUAUUGGGAUGUACUAUUAAACCAAAAUUGGGAUUAUCCGCAAAAAAUUACGGUAGAGCGUGUUAUGAGUGUCUACGCGGUGGACUUGAUUUUACCAAAGAUGAUGAAAACGUAAACUCACAACCAUUUAUGCGCUGGAGAGACCGUUUUGUCUUUUGUGCCGAAGCAAUUUAUAAAGCACAAGCCGAAACUGGUGAAAUCAAGGGGCAUUACUUGAAUGCGACUGCAGGUACAUGCGAAGAAAUGAUUAAGAGAGCUGUAUUUGCAAGGGAAUUAGGGGUUCCUAUUGUAAUGCAUGACUACUUAACAGGAGGAUUCACCGCAAAUACUACUUUGUCUCAUUAUUGCCGCGACAACGGCCUACUUCUUCACAUUCACCGAGCAAUGCAUGCAGUUAUUGAUAGACAGAAAAAUCAUGGUAUGCAUUUCCGUGUAUUAGCUAAAGCAUUGCGUAUGUCGGGGGGAGAUCAUAUCCACUCCGGUACAGUAGUAGGUAAGUUAGAAGGGGAACGCGAAAUAACUUUAGGUUUUGUUGAUUUAUUGCGCGAUGAUUUUAUUGAAAAAGAUCGUUCUCGCGGUAUCUUUUUCACUCAGGACUGGGUAUCCAUGCCAGGUGUUAUACCGGUGGCUUCUGGGGGUAUUCAUGUUUGGCAUAUGCCAGCUCUGACCGAAAUCUUUGGAGAUGAUUCCGUAUUACAAUUUGGUGGAGGAACUUUAGGACAUCCUUGGGGAAAUGCACCUGGUGCAGCAGCUAAUCGUGUGGCUUUAGAAGCCUGUGUACAAGCUCGUAACGAAGGGCGCGAUCUUGCUCGUGAAGGUAAUGAAAUUAUCAAAGCAGCUUGCAAAUGGAGUGCUGAACUAGCCGCAGCUUGUGAAAUAUGGAAGGAGAUCAAAUUUGAUGGUUUCAAAGCGAUGGAUACCAUAUAAAAUAAAAAAAAAAGCAAAAUAGAAAGAGAAAAAAUAAGUUAAGAAAUGCAGUAAUUCUUCUUUAUUCCUCUAAUUGAUUGCAAUUCAAUUCGGCUCAAUCUUUUCUAAAAAAAAAAAAGACUGAGCCGAAUUGAAAUAGAUCUUGAUACGAUCAUGAGACUUGACAAAUCGAGAUUCUUCUAUUCUAUAUAUCUAGAAUAUAGAAAGGUAUAAUACAAUAAACAAAUAUAAAUCAAAAUAUAGUAUUAUCGUACGAUAAUGGAAUCAAAUACGCAGUAUUUACAGAAAAGAGUCUUCGUUUAUUGGGAAAGAAUCAAUAUACUUUUAAUGUCGAAUCGGGAUUCACUAAGACAGAAAUAAAGCAUUGGGUCGAACUCUUCUUUGGUGUUAAGGUAGUAGCUGUGAAUAGCCAUCGACUACCCGGAAAGGGUAGAAGAAUGGGACCUAUUCUGGGACAUACAAUGCAUUACAGACGUAUGAUCAUUACCCUUCAACUGGGUAUUCUAUUCCACUUCUACUUUUUAAAUUAAAGGGUAUUCUGAAAGAGGUAUUUCUUUUAUUUUCACAAUAGCUUUCUUUUGAAUCCAAUUUCAAGUUCGAUUAGAAGGAUAGAAAGGCGAUGAGAAUGGGAAAAGAAAAAUAAAAUAUUUUAUUUUAAUGAGUUCCCCUUUUGAGUUCCCCUUUUUUGCAAUUUUCUUAUUAUCAAUUCCAUUCAUUUAUUUUAUAGAAUACUUUUUUAUUCUAUAUCUAUAAAAAAUCUUUAUUUUGUAAACUAAAAAAUACAAUAGUCAAUAUUCCUUAUAAUAGAUAUACUUAAUUAUAUCAUAAGAAUCUUAAGAUAUAUUUCGAAUAGAUAGAAAUAGUAAAUUUGAAUUGAGACACAUAUUCUAUGACAGAUUUUAACUUACCCUCUAUUUUCGUACCUUUAGUAGGCUUAGUAUUUCCGGCAAUUGCAAUGACUUCCUUAUUUCUUUAUGUGCAGAAAAAUAAGAUUGUCUAGAAACGACGGGGCCAAAUUUUCUCAAUGUAUUUCCAGGAUCAUAAUACAGAUAUUUUUUUGUGUAAGUACUAUAAUAUGAUAGGGUAUGUAGCUCUUUCUACACACAAAUGAAAAACGUCUAUGGAUGCAGAUAUAAGCUACGAGCAUAAAUGCAUGCAUAUGCGUAGCCGACUAUAGCGAGUUUUUUUUUUUAAGUGGAUCCACUAAUUUUUUUUGAAUAGAAAGUCAAUGUAUCUAACCAAUUAUUUCACAGGAGUACUAGCUACUGAAGGCUAUUUCAGAAUCAAAAAAAGUAAAGUAAAAAUCAUUUAGCUUAUUCUCUCAAUUUCAAUUGACCGCUACUGGAUUUAGUAUAUCUAAUAUGAAUUGGCGAUCAGAACACAUAUGGAUAGAACUUCUAAAAGGUUCUCGAAAAAGAGGUAAUUUUUUCUGGGCCUGUAUUCUUUUUCUAGGUUCAUUAGGAUUCUUAGCGGUUGGGGCUUCCAGUUAUCUUGGUAAGAAUAUGAUAUCUGUACUUCCAUCUCAACAAAUUCUUUUUUUUCCACAGGGGGUCGUGAUGUCUUUCUACGGAAUCGCGGGCCUAUUCAUUAGCUCCUAUUUGUGGUGCACUAUUUUAUGGAAUGUAGGCAGUGGUUAUGACCGAUUCGAUAGAAAAGAGGGAAUAGUGUGCAUUUUUCGUUGGGGAUUCCCUGGAAUAAAACGUCGCAUCUUCCUUCAAUUCCUUGUGCGGGAUAUCCAAUCAAUUAGAAUUCAGGUUAAAGAGGGUCUUUAUCCUCGUCGUAUCCUUUAUAUGGAAAUCCGGGGCCAGGGGGUCAUUCCCUUGACUCGUACUGAUGAGAAGUUUUUUACUCCACGAGAAAUUGAACAAAAAGCUGCCGAAUUGGCCUAUUUCUUGCGUGUACCAAUUGAAGUAUUUUGAGUACCAAUUGCAAUUUUUUGCAAUUGUAAGGGGAUUUUCGAGUAUUUAUCUAAAGUAAAGGAAGGAACAAACGAGGAUAAGAGAAAAUUGCUUCGAAUUUGUUUUGUCCAAGUGAGAUAUAUGGCAUACUAUUCUUCCAUUUUUAUACGAAAGGCCUUUUUUUAUUUCUCUAUUCCACUCCAUUUAGAUCUAAGAAAGAACCCAAUACAAUGAAAUUCCACUAGUAUACAAAAAGAGAAAUAGAUACAAACACAAGGUCUCAAACCUUGUUAUAGAAUUUUUGCUUCAAAGAAAAGAAAUAUCAUAUAUAUUCAGCUUACAGAUCAAAAAUGAAAAAAAAGAAAGCAUUGCCUUCUUUCUUAUAUCUUGUAUUUAUCGUACUUUUGCCCUGGGGAGUCUCUUUCUCUUUUAACAAAUGUCUGGAACUUUGGAUUAAGAAUUGGUGGAAUACCAGGCAAUCCGAAACUUUCUUAACUGAUAUUCAAGAGAAAAGGAUUCUAGAAGGAUUCAUAGAAUUAGAGGAACUUUUUCUCUUGGACGAAAUGAUAAAAGAGAAACCGAAGACACAUGUACAAAAACUUCCUAUAGGAAUACACAAGGAAAUAAUACAAUUGGCCAAAAUAGAUAAUGAGGAUCAUCUCCAUAUCAUUUUGCAUUUCUCAACAAAUAUAAUCUGUUUGGCUAUUCUAAGUGGUUCUUUUUUUCUGGGUAAAGAAGAACUUGUCAUUUUGAAUUCUUGGGUUCAGGAAUUUUUCUAUAACUUAAAUGAUUCAAUAAAAGCUUUUUUUAUUCUUUUAGUUACUGAUUUUUUUGUUGGAUUUCACUCUACCCGCGGUUGGGAACUACUAAUUCGUUGGGUCUACAACAAUCUUGGAUGGGCUCCUAACGAGCUAAUUUUCACUAUUUUUGUUUGUAGUUUUCCUGUGAUUCUAGACACGUGUUUGAAAUUUUGGGUCUUUUUUUGUUUAAACCGUCUAUCUCCUUCACUUGUAGUCAUUUAUCAUUCAAUUAGUGAAGCAUAAACUCACUCAUUUCAUUUCCUAAUAUUAAUCAAAUUAGCAUAUUUCUUUUCUUCCUUUAGAAAUAGAAAGAAAGCCCUUUUCCUUUUUAACAAAAUUCUUUCUAUUUCUACCUGCUCAAGGUAUUCAUCAUUCUAGUACAACUAUUGCAGUAGAAUGACAACAGACUCGUGUAUAGGGAACUAGAUUAGCUUAGCUACCUAUCUAAUUUAUUGUAGAAAUUCCGGGAUCCGCGAUUGGACAUGGAAAAUAGAAAAACUUUUUCUUGGUUAAAGGAACAGAUGAUUCGAUCGAUUUCUGUAUCGAUCAUGAUAUACGUAAUAACUCGCACAUCUAUUUCAAACGCAUAUCCCAUUUUUGCGCAGCAGGGUUAUGAAAACCCGCGGGAAGCAACUGGACGAAUUGUAUGUGCCAAUUGCCAUUUAGCUAAUAAGCCUGUGGAUAUUGAAGUUCCCCAAGCAGUGCUUCCUGAUACUGUAUUUGAAGCAGUUCUUCGAAUUCCUUAUGAUAUGCAGCUGAAACAAGUUCUUGCUAAUGGUAAAAAGGGAGGGUUGAAUGUGGGUGCUGUUCUUAUUUUGCCCGAGGGAUUCGAAUUAGCGCCGCCCGACCGUAUUUCUCCUGAGUUGAAAGAAAAGAUAGGAAAUCUCUCUUUUCAGAGUUAUCGUCCCAAUAAAAAAAAUAUUCUUGUGAUAGGCCCUGUUCCCGGUAAGAAAUAUAGUGAAAUUGUCUUUCCCAUUCUUUCCCCCGAUCCCGCUACAAAAAAAGACGUUCAUUUCUUAAAAUAUCCCAUAUAUGUAGGGGGAAACCGAGGAAGGGGACAGAUCUAUCCUGACGGUAGCAAGAGUAACAAUACGGUCUAUAAUGCUACGUCAACAGGUAUAGUAAAAAAAAUACUACGUAAAGAAAAGGGGGGAUAUGAAAUAUCCAUAGUGGAUGCAUCGGAUGGACGCCAAGUGAUUGAUAUUAUACCUCCCGGGCCAGAACUUCUUGUUUCAGAGGGGGAAUCAAUCAAGCUUGAUCAACCAUUAACAAGCAAUCCUAAUGUAGGAGGGUUUGGUCAGGGGGAUGCAGAAAUAGUGCUUCAGGAUCCAUUGCGCGUCCAAGGCCUUUUGUUUUUCUUCGCAUCUGUUAUUUUGGCACAAGUUUUUUUGGUUCUCAAAAAGAAACAGUUUGAAAAGGUUCAAUUGUACGAAAUGAAUUUCUAGAUCCUGGGAUUUCUUACCAUCAAGUGAGAAAAAAGCCUCGAUUUCUGGAAUUCCUUAUUUCUAUCUCAUGCAAAAGAAGAGGAUCCAAGGCAAAGACGAGAACAAUAAAAGGAACAAGUCCUUUUAGGAGGAAUUGUGGGUCUUCUUAAUCCUCUAUUGGGCACAAGAAAAAGGCUUUUUUGCCUUUUUCUUGUGUCGAUUCUUCUUGUAUCGAAGUAAGAAUCAUUUUUCUUCUUAUUUGUUUUGUCAAAGAUUACUAUUUAUUCUUUAUUCGGGUCUGUCUUUUGGACUUCCUUUGCUUAGGUUCGGGCGCGGUAGUGGACAAACAGAGGGAAAGAAGGUAUGGCGGGGGACACAUUUCUUGUGAGCAAAUAGAAUUGCUUUACUUUUUGAAUUAAGUUCAACUUUGAACUUACAGAAAUUUUGUAAAAAAAAAUCUAUACCCUCCCAUGGAAGGGUGGUUUUGAUUUUUAGGCUAGUUGAGUAGUUUUGAUUAAGGUUUUAUUAGUUUAUUACUCUAAACUAAAUCAACGAUUUGCAGGAUACUUCCUUCAUGGAAUAAAAUACUGGAUCCUCUCCCCUCUUUCUUGUUGCUUCAUAAGAGUGAAUCCAUUUUAUGGGCGAAAGGCGGGGGCUUUAAAUCGACCGAUGGAUUGCUUCACUCACUAACAUCAUUAACAAACAAAAGAAUAAAUGGAGGGAUUCCAACCAUCAGAGCAAAGGUUUUCUCUUUGUUAUUUUUACAAAUAGAAAUAGGUAACCAAUUUCUAGAUUAUGGAACAAAACCGCGUUAUAACAAUAAGAAUUCCGCGGGCCCUUUCCGCUCUAAUCAGAUAAAGGGGAGUAAGGACCCGCUAAGUUCCUACUUUUUCAUGUUUACAAUCUGGAUCCUCCGAUUACUAUAGAGAUGAACCCAAUCCAGAAUACGAACCGUAAAAGAAAACACCUAUUAAACCAAUCACAAGAAUACCAGUUACAGUACCUAUCAGCCAAAGAGGAAUUCUUCCAGUAGUAUCGGCCAUUUCCCCUACUUUCCUCCACAUUUUCUCAAGUGGUCAUGCUAGAGACAAAAACAGUCAUGGAUAGUUAUAAAGAUGGUAUCCUUCCAAAUGGGAUAAGAGAAUUCUUACUACUCUCUUUCUUUCUCUCAAUUGAAGAAGUAAUUGGAAAAUAAAACAGCAAGUACAAAAAUGAGUAAUAAACCCCAGUAUAGACUGGUACGAUUCAAUUCAACAUUUUGUUCAUUCGGGUUUGAUUGUGUCAUAGUUCUAUAGUUGGAAUUUGGUUUAUCGUUGGAUGAACUGCAUUGCUGAUAUUGAUCCCAAGAAAAAAACCGUGGGUACAGCUAAUCCGUGAACAGCCAGCCAUCGCACUGUAAAAAUAGGAUAGGUUCGAUCUAUGGUCAUUGGGGGCCUCCUAAAAGGAUCUACUAAAUUCAUCUAGUUGUUCUAAAGAAUCAAAACGGUCGGUUAUUAAUGGAAUUCCUUGUCGGCUUUCCGUGAAAUACUCGUUUGGUCGAGGACUUCCAAACACGUCAUAAGCUAAACCCGUACUGACAAAUAACCAACCCGCAAUGAAUAGGGAAGGUAUAGUAAUGCUAUGAAUAACCCAGUAUCGAAUACUGGUAAUAAUAUCAGCAAAAGAACGUUCUCCCGUGCUUCCAGACAUGCUGAGCUCCCAAAAUUUUUAUUCAAAAAAGGAAUUGAUUCCGUAAAAGAUGGGAUCCACCAGUAAAUAGAAAAUUACUGAUAUUUCAUCCUUGUGAGAUUGUCAAUUUUGUACCAAAGGUGUAUUUUGAGUAUACCGAAUUAGUAUAGCUAUCCUUCCUAUGGCACAGCAAUCCAGUUUUGCUUGGUCCCGAAACAGAAUUCCUUUUUUCUCUUUUUUGUUCCUUGUCUAUAGGAAAAUUACAUGUUAUUCAAGGCAUCAAUAGAACCCCACAAUUUUUUGGGUCCUACUUAUUUUCAUUGUCUUCGGAAUAGUAGAAUAAUUUAAUUUGGAAUAGCGGCCAAGAUCUUGGGAAAAUCUAAGUUAAUGAUUAAUAAGAUAAAGAAUUUAGGAAGGAUAUUCUCAUAUUGACGCAAUACAAAGAUAAGUAUAUGCAAAAUCGAUCCCUUUUUAGUUAAAGGAAUUUAAUUGGUUAGCAUAAAAUAAUAUCUAAUAAAUAGAAAAUCGAAUAGCGGAUAAUCCGUUAUGAAAGAAACGGAAUACAUUCUUUGAAGAAUCAAGAUUCGUAAUCAAUCCUUGUCUUGUUUGUUGGAUUAGGUCUAAUUUUCUUGACCAAACAGCAAGCAUGGAACUUUACAAGAAGAACUUAAAAGAAAAGGAUAAUUGAAGUAACUUUGAAUCCACUUUUGUUGGGGUUCAAAAAACGAAUAAAAAUAAAUAAAAAAAAGUAAAUUUUAGGAAUAGUUCCCUUUUUGAGGGGGCCCCUCGGGGGUCGUGGAAUGCUUUUCUUCUCCUCUUAUUCCAUAUGGAAUACAAUGAGUUAAAAUUUGCUCCAAAAAGAGGAUGAAAUCCAUCCUAUUAAAAAAGAAAUAAUCCGAAUCCGAAAUAGAAAGAAUUUUUUUUUUUUUUUUCAAAUUCAAUUCUUUAUUUAUCUUUUAUUCCAAAAUUCUCCCGAAAAUCCAAUUUCAUUUUUCAAUGGGGUUAGAUGAUCUAGUUCUUAAUAUUAUUAGUUUACUUAACUGACAGAUUCCACAACAAAUCUCUUGAUUCGGAAUUAGGGACUCAUGUUCCGUCUGAUGAAUCGAUUUUCUCUUUUUUUUACACUUCUGUAUCUCACUCUAUCUUGUUUUUUAGUAUUAUCUAAAAUAACCGAUGAAUUAUGAAUUUUCCAUAACUUAAACUUAGGUAAGUGCUUUACCAACAUAUGUAGUGUAGUAAAAAAAAUGGAAUUGAACCCCUUCAUGCUUACUAUAACUAGUUAUUUCGGUUUUCUACUGGCUGCUUUAACUAUAACCCCAGCUCUAUUUAUUAGCUUGAACAAGAUACGUCUUAUUUGAAAUGAAUUGAAUAGAAGAAUCUUUCUUUUGGAUUCUUGGUAUUCUAGACUCUUUUCCACACUAAUUACCAAUUCUUUUCUUGGUCAUUGAGAUUCGUGGGUAGUUUAGACUAUUAUUUAGAGAUAGAUCGUACCUCUUUUUUUAUCCCCUCGAACAAAUCGAAAUGAUUGAAGUUUUUCUAUUUGGAAUCGUCUUAGGCCUAAUUCCUAUUACUUUAGCGGGAUUAUUCGUGACUGCGUAUUUGCAAUACAGGCGUGGGGAUCAGUUGGAUCUUUGAUUGAGUAAUAUUUCUUUUUUGAUUGACCUCCUCUCUGGUCUGGAGGAGGUCAAAUUGGAGUUGCAAUUCUACUUUGUUUUUUUUUAAGUUAUUUUAGUUUCGACAUAAGAUAUAUGGAAUCACGCUCUGUAGGAUUUGAACCUACGACAUCGGGUUUUGGAGACCCGCGUUCUACCAAACUGAACUAAGAGCGCUUUCAAAACAAAAAAAAAAAGAAAAUCCUUUUCUAUUCCUAACGUGUCUCACGUCCGUAUAGUAUCCACAAAUUCAAGUUAUACCCACUUUAAUCGAUCUCCCCACUACUGCCCAUAACGAAGAGAGAAUUAAUAGGUAGGGAUGACAGGAUUUGAACCUGUGACAUUUUGUACCCAAAACAAACGCGCUACCAAGCUGCGCUACAUCCCUUUUCCAAAUUGUUGUACAAUGCCAUUGUACACAAUUCCUUUCUUGUUUUCCACAUCGUAAUUUUCUUCUAUUUCUUUAUCCAUAUAGAACUUUCUUGUCAUUUCUUGUUUUUGGUCUCAUAUAAUCAAGGAAGGGGUAUAAACUAAAAUCCAGUCAAAUUUCACCUAUAAAAGAAAGACUACUAUUCCUUAGUAAUGUAUAGGAAGAAGGGGUCAUCUUUUUUAGGGAUAGGAAAAUCUCGUCUAUACGGUUCAUUCUAUAUAUAUAUAAUAUUUAUUUUGUUUUUUUAGUUAGGAAUUUCGCCUAAACAAAAGAAAUACAAAGGAUCUUGGGCAAGAGUAUCUGAUCAUAUAUGUAUUCCAAUACGGAAGGAGGAUUUUCAAUGCGGGAUAUAAAAACAUAUCUCUCUGUAGCACCCGUGCUAAGUACUCUAUGGUUUGGGGCUUUAGCAGGUUUAUUGAUAGAAAUCAAUCGUUUAUUCCCAGAUGCUUUGUCAUUCCCUUUUUUUUAAUUCUAGUUAUUCCUAUGCGAGAGAUAGAAUUCUUCGUGACAUGACGAAAAUUUCCCCUUUUUGAAUUCUUUUUUAGUAUAUGAAGCAAAAA